AAAAAAUGUAACACUCGCGCAUAACAUUUCGUGGAAAAUAGACGUAUUUGCAGUUCGAUUUAGUAUUGAUAUACACCUUUUGAGCAAAAAAAAAAAAGAGGAAAAUGCAGAAAAAAUGCCAUUAAAGUGACAAAAUUAACAAACCACAAUCUAAAAGCAACAUAAAUUAAUUGCGUGGGUGCGUGUAAAUUACAUUUCUAAAAGAAUAUAUUCUAAAUUUUUAUAUUUUAAAAAAAGAAAAAGAAAACGAAAAAAAAAGUUGAAAAGGGCAGUGCUUGUUGUAUGGCAAAAUAUACCAACUAAAGGCUUUUAAGGCGAGGCAAAAACAUGCCCGAAAAACAAUUAAUUUAAACUUUAUUUUGACGACGAUACCGAGCAGAGGACUCUGUGGAACGCUUAAAGCUGUGACUAAAUAGACUUUGCAAGAGUUGAAAACUAUCAUUAAAUUACAAUAUGGCUUGGGGUUAUUGGAGUGCCACCACCGUCGAUCGUGGUCGAUCUCCAAGACGCAACACACAAACAACACCAAUGCCGGUAAAUCUAGUACAACAAGAAGAGGAGCCGUGUGUGACUACAGCGACAGCUACAGCAGCUCAAUCGGUGACAACGACAAAUUCGAAUACAUGUCCCAAUACUCCAUCUGGUACUCAGGCAAAUUUAUGUUAUAGUCCCACAUGUCGCAGUCGAUGCAGCAGUCCCUGUCCAGGAAGCCCCUGUCCUGGCAGUCCCUGUGGUUCUAUAACACCACCGCCGCCCCCUCCACAUCCCCUAACUUCGUCGCAACAAUAUCUGCAUCAGCAUUCCAACAAGAACUGCCCAGCAGCUCAACAAAUUUUCACAGCCGACGAUUAUCCUUCCCGUCGGCAGUCCUUGGAUCGUUUGGAUAGUCCACAGGUAUGGACAUAUACUAAGUCGAAAUAUUUUGAUAACAUACAGGCAAAUCAACUAUCCGAUAUUAUGUGCCGCGGUGCUGUGGUCUCGUCUAUUCAAUCGGCCAACAACACCUUAACACGUGGCGUAUCUCUGCACAGUCGCAGCGGUAGUGCGCAUGGAAGCAUUCACGGUGGAGGAAGUCAUCACGGUAGUCAUGGAACAGUGGGUCCACCGGGAAGUGCCCACGGUUCUAUGGGCUGUUUGCAAGGCAGCACUGGCCACUUAGUAAAUGUGGGCCAUUCCAAUAGCGGCAGUGUGGGAAUGUUGGCUGGAGGACCUAUUGACACGGGUGAUUACGAUGUACCCCAUCCACAUCCGUACACACAUCACUAUAUGCAGACGUCUUCAUCAAUAACCCCGCCUCAUUCGACCAUUAAUUUAAUCGGCUCGCGGCCAGGAUCGGCAGGUCCUUGUGCUGGCCACGAAUCGGGUUCAGAUUCCAGUCAAGGUUGUGGCUCGAUAAUGACAGCGGGAGGCCAUAUAGGCCACAUACACCUGGCUGGAAUUGCUGGUGCUGGAGUUCAUCACACACACUCUGGGGGCAGCGGUUCCCUGGGACGUUGUUCGAGUCGUUGCCAUAAUACAACCACAACCACAGAUGAUUCCGGCGGUGGCAGCGGAGGAAGUGUAUUCGGAAGUGGUCCUUGCAUGGGUAUGGAACACCAGCAGCAGCAACCACACCCACAUCACCAUAUUGUGCGACACGGCAGUGCCGGCAGUGGCCUCAAUGGUUGCGGCAGUGGUGGAAGCGGCGGCCGUAACAGCUCUCUCAGCACCAUACACAAUGGUCACGGUCAUCAUCAGCAAUAUCACCAUGAGUGCAUACACUACGAACGUCUACCAAUACCAGUUCCCAUACCCACUGUGCCAAGUACACAUCACCAGCAACAGCACUUGCAGUCCGAAGAAGAAAUUGAACCGGCUUAUGCAACAGUAUUUCCAAAUGUUCCUGCAGCUCCGGGAUUGUUAUGUGAUGGUGAAGAUCGGAGCAUUUAUAGACGUGGUGCCCGAAGAUGGCGUAAGCUUUAUCGUGUCAAUGGCCACAUAUUCCAAGCCAAGCGCUUUAAUAGACGUGCUUUCUGCGCCUAUUGCCAAGAUAGAAUCUGGGGCCUAGGACGCCAAGGUUUCAAGUGUAUACAAUGCAAGUUGUUGGUGCAUAAAAAAUGCCACAAGUUGGUCAAGAAACCGUGUUCGAACGAACACGGAGAAGUGCCCAAGGGUUCGGAGGAAGAUUUUCCCGAACAAUUACCACAAAUACCACCACCCAUACCAGAUUAUCCACCCAUGCAUCCGGGAGUGGAUGAGUCUUGCAUUUCCUCUGAUCAGGAGUACAUGCCCUCGUCCUCCAGUGGAGGCGGUGGUGGCCACAUGUCAUCAGGAAAAGAUCCCGUUGAUAUGGGAUCGCAGCGUCAAUUCUCAUUGGACGACUUUGAGUUGAUACGAGUGAUUGGGCGUGGCAGCUAUGCCAAAGUUCUUAUGGUCGAAUUGAAGAAGACUCGACGCAUCUAUGCCAUGAAAGUUAUUAAAAAGGCUUUGGUGACUGACGAUGAAGACAUUGACUGGGUCCAAACGGAAAAACACGUCUUUGAAACAGCAUCGAAUCAUCCAUUCCUAGUGGGCUUACAUUCGUGCUUCCAAACACCUUCGCGCUUGUUCUUUGUCAUUGAGUUUGUGCGGGGAGGUGAUCUUAUGUACCACAUGCAGCGGCAGAGACGUUUGCCUGAGGAGCAUGCCCGCUUCUAUGCGGCCGAGAUUAGUUUGGCCCUCAACUUUUUGCAUGAGAAAGGCAUUAUCUAUCGUGAUUUGAAAUUGGACAAUGUACUGUUGGAUCACGAGGGCCACAUAAAGCUCACAGACUAUGGCAUGUGCAAGGAAGGUAUACGCCUAGGUGAUACGACAUCCACAUUUUGCGGCACUCCCAACUAUAUUGCUCCAGAAAUUUUGCGCGGCGAAGACUACGGUUUUUCUGUGGAUUGGUGGGCUUUAGGUGUUCUAUUGUACGAAAUGCUGGCCGGACGUAGUCCCUUCGAUAUUGCAGGAGCAUCCGAAAAUCCCGAUCAAAAUACGGAGGAUUACCUCUUCCAAGUUAUAUUGGAGAAAACAAUACGUAUUCCACGAUCAUUGAGCGUUAAAGCCGCUUCCGUACUCAAGGGUUUCCUAAACAAGAAUCCAGCCGAUCGUUUGGGUUGUCAUCGUGAAACAGCCUUUAUGGACAUAAAAAAUCAUCCCUUCUUUAAAGUCAUUGACUGGGAAAUGAUUGCACGAAAGGAGAUACAGCCUCCAUACAUACCAACAUUCGAUCCUGGAGAUCCCUAUAUGACAACGAAUUUUGAUACACAAUUUACAAGGGAGUCUCCUGACUUGACGCCCGAUGAUCCUCGUGUAAUUGACAACAUAGAUCAAUCGGAGUUCGAAGGUUUCGAAUACGUUAAUCCAUUGCUCAUGUCUUUGGAAGACGAAGUUUGACAUCACGAGUUUUGUGAUUUACAUCCCUAUAAUAUGCGCCUGUAUGGCGAAGAUUCCAGUGACUAUGAUUCAGUUGCUGAUGAUUUAAGUUUACUGCGUAUAAACGCCCCUAAUAAUAAUUUAACAACACAUUUGAAUAAUUACGCUAAUGAUCAUCAUCAACAACAACAACAGCAACAACAAUUGCAUCAACAGCAUCAACUUCAUCAUGAACCGCAACAACAGCAAUACCAUGAACAUCAUCAGCAACAACAACAACAACAACCGCAUCCACAUAAUGGUAACAAUAACAAUACACAUAAUGCAAACAAUAAUAAAAGUAGUUUAUUGCAGCACAUGUUUUGCCUUCCAUUAAACUAAUCUAAUAGACAGAUAGACAGACAGAUGACACAACAAACGAAUAACUCGUAACUGCAACUGAAAAUGAAAAUAAAAAUUUUAUCCAAUAUGAUGAUAGGUAUAUGAUAUAUACAUACAUACAUACAUAUACACAUACAUACAUAUAUAUUUAAAGAAAAUGAACAAUUUUGAAUAUAAGGACUACAACCACAACAACAACAACAACAACAACACAUUUAUCGCUCAGAGUCUAAGAAAGACAUUAAAACCACAUUUUUUCUAUUCAAGACCCUACUAUCCCCCAAUCACAAAAAAAAAAAACGAAAAAAAGAACUACACCCGCAUCUCACUAAAAUAAUAAUAAAAGAGAAAAAAAAACAAAAACUAAAAGAUUGUGAAAGAAAGAGUUUAUAAUAGUUAAUACAAAUGAGAAGUCACGAUGUGUAAAUGAGGGCCCUUUUGGAAAUAGUCAUUCUCACUAUGAUUGAAAACGAAACAUAAUCGAUGAGAAAAUACUUUAAAUGUACUGUCACUCUUUUGAAUGAAACAAAAUAUACCAUGCAGGAUAAUCUGGUAAAGAUAGUCUACAGCUAUACAAUUUAAUUAUUGAUUGUUUUAAGAGAAACAACGAAUUUUGAAUGUAUUUUGUGUAACACUUUUGUAUUUUAAUAAUCUCCACUACCACAGGAAGAUGAUGCGCCACAUUUAUUUUGGGUAAACCCCUUCACAGUCGUACCGAUCUCUGGUCUGAGCUUGCCAAAUCCAUAAUAGCCGUUAAAAAUAUUUAUUGUUCCUCUUUUUGAGGUCCCUCGGUCCGAAUAAAAGAAAAGAAAAAAUUUUAAUUAAAUUUAUUUAUAACGAGCAUUCCAUUAAAAAUUUUUAUAAUGAUGAAAUUUUAUUUCUAUUUGAAAAAUGAGUGAUUGACUGAUUGGCUAACUGACUGAUCAACUCCCAGCCCAAACGGCUAAAGCUAGAGUCAUGAAAUUUGGCACAAAUGUGGGUCUUGAGUCGUAGUAGCGCAAUAAGACGGGGUUUUGUGAUAUUCGUACGGUUAGGUACUAAAAAGUACGAAAUUGACUUUUUACCCAAUAAUUAAUAAUUUCAGUUGUCCGAUUUUGGUGAAAUUUUAUCUCUAUAUAAAAAAACGCGUGAAUGACCGAUUGGCUAACUGACUGAUCAACUCCCAGCCCAAACGGCUUAAGCUAGAGUCAUGAAAUUUGGCACGAAUGUGCGUCUUGAGGCGUAUGGGGCGCAAUAAGACGGGGUUUUGUGAUAUUCGUACGUUUAGGUACUAAAAAGUACGAAAUGGUGACAGAAAAAUCACCCAUGCGCACAUCUCUACUUCUUUUUCUCGAACGAGCGAAAACUUACAACGGGUCUUACAAUUUAUGCAACAUGAAGUGGUACAAGUUUACCAAGGGUGUGAUUGGUAGUAUUUUUUGACAAUUCGCGAACGGUUCAAAUCUAGUAUUAAAUUAUUUCAAAAUUUCAUGCAUAACAGCACAACUGAGGAUGUGAUGUUUUAAUUUUUGAAAUUUCUCAAGAAUAUACAAAAAAGGGUUAAUAGUCGAAAUUGGUAAAACUGCAUCAAGGAUGUUGUCUAAGGGUAAAACCAAUAAAAAAUGUCUUUUUAAAUUUUAUUUUAGCAAUACUUAAAGGAAAUGUUUGAUUGGGAAGCUAAAGGCGUUUAAGUAUACCCAGAAAUUUUAAUGGUGGUUAGGGGAAAACUAAAUUAUCUUGUCAAGAAUGACUAUUUCCAAAAUUGUGACAGAACAAAGUGAGGACCUUACACUUGAAAAUAAGUCUCUUUCUAUACAAAAAAUAAAAUAAAAAGAAAACAAAGCCACAACAUAUAAAUCUUUACUAAUGCAAUAGCUUAUUAUUAUUAUUAAAAAAAAAGAGAAGAAGAAGAAGAAGAAGAGAGAAAAACUAAAUAAAUAUGAAGACAAGUGAAAUGUAUAAGUUUAUAUACUAUGUUCAAAAUAUCACUAUUUUAUUUUUAUGAUGAUAUGUCUGUAUUAUUGUGAGUAUUUUAAUAUACAAACAUACAUUACAAUUAGGUAUUUUGAAAGAAAGAAAAAAAAAAGAAAGCAACAACUAAAAACUAAGAAAAGAAGAUCUAAAUAUUGUAAUGUUUUAUUUUAAAAAAGAGAAGAAGAAAAAAGAAACAAAAAGCAGUCCGUCUCUAUAUUUUAAUUGCAAAGUCUUUUUAACGAAAUUACUUGAAACAUUCCUGUUAGUUAAUUAUUAAAAUUUUUAUUAUUAUGAUCAUUUGUUUCAAAAUACAAAACACCACACACAUACACACAAACAAACCCACACAUUCGUACUUAUUCGUUUUAAAAAUUUUGCAUUGUUUCUUCUGGUCUUUUGAAGAGUUUUUUUUGAUGUAUUUUAAUUGAGGUGCUUGCAAACACCUACACCCACACCCACACCCCCACACACAUACGUUCUACCAAAUUAUACAUACUUACAUACCAUAUAUGUUGAGGUAUUAAAACUAAAACGACUUUUUAAAUAUAAACCAAUUCCCAAAAAAAUUGUGUUGUUUGUUACUGCAUUAAACGCGAAAAGCAAAACGUAUUAUAGUUAAAACAAGAAAGUUUAGUCAAAACAAAAAAAUAAUUAUAAACAAAUUGAAGCACUUUGUAAAAUGAUUUAUUAUUAUUAUGAACAAGACGAAAACAAGAAGAAGAAAAACCAACAAACAAAUAUAUAUAUAAAUAUACAUAUAUUUUAAAACA